AUGCCUCCACAAGGACAAUGCAAUUGUGGAGCAAUAUCAGUCUUCAUUAAGAACGACGAAGCCGUCAAGUCCACUGGCACAUACUGUCACUGUAUUCCUUGUCGGCGCCAGAGUGGUGCUUUGGGAACGUACGUCACUGUCAUUUCAGACGAGGAUGUUGAGGUCACAGGCACUCCAAAGGCAUAUCAGGACACAGCCACGGAUUCAGGAGUGACCAUGCAGCGAUGGUUCUGUCCUAAUUGUGGAAGGUGUGUUAACAUCUUUCACUCUCUUUUCGAAUGCGCUUCCGGUCCUUUCGCUUCUCAUGUCACUUCACCUGAACGGGGAUAAAUGGUGCUAAUCAACCAUAGUCCAAUCAUGUCAACCACUCCACGGGCGCCAGGAGUCAAGUUCAUAAAGAUGGGACUGUUUGAUGAAAUUCAGAGGCCCGUUGCCGAGGUAUAUUGCAAGAACAAGUCGGACUGGGAAGGUUCAGUCGAAGGAUGUGUGAGCAAGGAUCGAAGUUGAUGCACAUUAGUAUCUGAGAGAAGAGAGAGUGUGUAUGUGUGUGAUAUCAGACUGUAUGCUGUUGGACAUCGGCGAAUAGUGUUGAUUGAUGAGGACGCUGUUAAUCCCAGGAAGGUCACUUUCAACCAAGUGCACGGUCAAGUCCAGGAUUACGAUAGACGAGAGACAACUGCACCUUCUUGGCACCAGAAGAAUAGGACGUAUGUAUGUGGUGAGAUACUUGAAUUGUAUGCUAUGGUG